AGUGGAAUACAAAGUUUAUAUAUGUUAUAUUGAUUAAAUGUUUAAUAAAAACGAAGAGAAUACAUACAUAAAGAAUUUAUUCAAUUUCGCUCUGGAGCAGAAUGUAAUAAAUGUAAUUGGAGUCACUUGCCAAACGGAAACGAAUUAUAAAGAGUAACAAGUAAUUAAAAACUUAAAUGAAUAAACGUAUUCACAAUGUACCAAUACACUGCACUGGACGUGAAAGAGCUAUUACAUCCAAACUUAUUACUGAACAUAGCCGAGUUAAGAAAACUAAAAUCAACAGUAAUAACCAAGAAGAAUAAAAAAUUAAGAAGACGCACAACAACAAUCACUACCAAAAUAAAAUUUAGAGCAAAAUCUAAGAAUCUCAUUAACAGUGUUUGUCUCAUCUUCAAUUCAACUUCGACACAAUAUCUGUUAUCUUCUUUAAAACGUUUCAAAACUAAAGCGGAUUUAACUGGUAGCAAGCGUCAUACGAUAAUAAUAAGCAAACCAUUAUAACCUUGCAGUUUCUAUGCAAUAUUUAUUAAUAUAUAACAAAAUAAAAACACCAAUCAGUUUCCUACGGUGACUGGGACUGAAAAUUGGCGCGUUCGCAUAUAAAAAAUAUAACAAAGUAGUACGUACCUACAUAUAUGGUACAACUAUCUACAUGUAAAAUUAAGCAUAUAUGUAUGUAAAAUGUAUAUUUAGUAGACAACUAAUGGAUUAUACCUUUUAAUAAGUGCAUACAUUUAUACACAUGUAUUUGUUUAAAUAAUGUAAACGCCCUGCGAAAGGCUUAACAAAAUGACGUCUCAUUCACAAAUAAACUAUGAUUAUAACAAUGAAAACGAUGCCUUAUCCUGCAAUAGCCGACCAAUUAGUAGCACUUUACGUAGAGAAAAUAAAAAUAAUCAAUUUAAAAAUCACGUUGAUAUAUAUGACAGCUACGGCAAUACAAAUAUCUAUGGCACCACUAACGGAUCCACUGCACCCAUUAACGCAGUACUGCACCAGAAAUCUAACAAAACUGGCAGUGAAAUGAGCGCAGAUGGAAGUGAUGGUAACCGGGCGUAUAGAAAUACCUACAACUGCGGCAUCAAUGCCUUAAUAUUAACAGAAUCUGCAACAACAACCAUCAAAUCUUCAGAAUCUACCGCAGCUGGAAGCGAGUACAGCCAGCUGCAUGCCGGCAGUGGUUAUGCUCAUAAUGAUAAUGUUAAUUAUCAGUGUCACACGUAUAAUAGCUAUGCUACUGAUACUUAUAAGAACGUUGGCGGUAACAGCCGCGGUUACAGCUGUAAUGUUGAUCCCAUCUGCAGAACCAUGUACGUUAGUGCUUCAAUAGCUGGUAAUACAGGUGAAUUUAACGAAGGCAGUAGUGGUGGCAGCACCACGUAUACGGCCUGGGAGAAUACUAUGCGUAAUGGAGAACAUGUCAGUGACAGGCGAUAUUCAGCGUUAAGUAGUACAAAAAUGUUGCCACGCUUACCGACGAAGCCAAACAAAAGCAUGCUCGAUGGUAUGUACGAGUAUACGGGUGGACUGAAGGUGCAGCAGCAACGUAAUGAUGUUAAGCAAUCACUAGCAAUGUCAUCUGCGUUGCAGUCACAAACAGCAGUAGCGGCACGGACUCCGCAAUGUCGCAUGCACUCGCAAAUGCAAGUGUUAACACAAGGCUACGGUGCAUUGCGUUUGACUGAAUUGGCCGAACCUGCUACUUGUACGACUGAUAGCUCUCGAGGUGAUGUUGGCCUUGAUGAGCAACACUUAAAUGGAAUGUCAUCAUUGCGUUUACUGCCUCAGCUUCACAGUCACCAGUCACCACAUGUGAAUGUAUUGAAAAGACAGAUAUUUGAAGGUGGUAACGCUACGGCAAUAACAACCACACCGACAACAACAACUGAGCUCCAAGAUACCGAUUGCAACACAUACGACAAUACGACAAUAAAAAAAAACUAUUACGCUAAUUGUGACGGAAAUGGAAGUAAGCGUAGCGAACGAUGUGGCGAAAUGCUCUCCUAUUCCGCUGGAUUUGACAAUUCAAAAUCGGUUUACUAUGCGUCAACAGUGCAACGGCGACAUACAUCGAUGUCGCCACUUGAUUUGCGGGAAUUUGACGACUACAGUAAUUCAUAUAAUAACGCAUAUAGUAACACCGACAAUUUAUCGACUUGUAGUGACACGCCAGCAUAUACAGCAACACAAGCCCAAAAGCAGCAGUUGCAGCAACAGCGCAAAUAUGCGAUAUUGAUGGCAAUGACUACGGCAUCGGUGAUAGCGUCAGGUGAAACGCGUACACCAGUGAAGCGUAUUACCGAACGCACAGCGACAACUCUCACCGAUCGAACGACGCUACAUAAAAAGGUCCUGCCGCCAACCACAGCGGGUAAAGUGGCCGACGAGUAUCAUUAUAUUGGCAUGGAAACCGACUUGUGGGAGUGGAAGAAUGAAAGAAUAUGUAGUAAUAGAGCGCCUCCAAAAUCUUUAACAGCAAAUAUCGCGCACGAUAAAGAUCAGACCGAUAUUAUAGUCGAUAAAUUAACAAUCACAGAAGCGAGAUCAACGGCAAUAUCGGAGGUGGCCUCUGUUGCGAUGACAAGUAAUCUUACGCUGACGGAAGCCGCAACAACAUCACCAACUAGCGCAAUCACAACAAGUGAGGUUGUAUCACCAACGGCACUCGUCCAGCCGACUACUGCUAGAAAAUUGCCAAAGCGUCUACCAACGCCACAAUACAAUAGUGACAAAAACAACGGCAGAAGGAAAGCAAAUGGCGUAAGUAAGAAGCUUCCAAAAUUGCCAAUAGAAAUAAUUGUGUCGGGCGACAGCAGCAACACGACAGCUGAUAUGUCAAAUAAAAAAAUAGAGCAAGCAGUUACGCCUAUAAUAGCAACAACAAUAGGAACAAAAACUUCAAUAAAACCGUUAUCAACAUCAUCGGCUGUAUCAAGUACAUUGCCUUCAUUAGCUGCAAACACCCACUCGAAAUCAUUAACAUGCAUAACAUCAACAUAUGUAUCAUCAUAUUCACCUUCAUAUUUGUCAUAUUUAUCAGAUGCAACAACUACCAUAGCUAGUGCAGCAGUAAAAACACCAAAAAAAUAUAAUGAAUACCUUCCAUCAAGCAAGACUUAUACAUUGAUUUUAAAUGAGGAAGCAUUAGGUACUACGCCAACGACAACAAUAGUUACCGCAUCCGUACCAACGACAAUGGUAUCAAGCUUUGCAAAACCAUCUAAUCGUUUAAACGUUACUAGCUCUGACAAUGAUAUUACUUUAUCAGUUGUACUAACAACUGGUACAGUAACGGUGACUACAACGGAAACGUCGUACAGUCCAGGUUAUAGUAAAAACAGUAGUUACCUCACCACCUAUAACAACAACAAUAUAAGCGAUAGAACUUCUGUUGGAUACCACAUGAACAAUUCGAAUAAUAACAAUAUCCUUACAUCGCUAAGCAUCGCGGCACCCAUAAUUUCCUCAGAGAAAAAAACAUCAAUAACAACAAUAGCACCGACGUACUCAGAAUCAUUGAUUACAUCAGAACUUCCAUUUUAUUUGACCUCCUCAAAUAUCAGCAGCAGCACCAGUACUAGUAUAGUUGCGGAUUCGUAUGCAAAUAUUUCACAACCGACAUCUUUGCCCCCAUUGUACUCGCCUUCCAUAUCAAUGCCAUGGUAUACAUGUACAUUAUUGCCAGAUGUAUUACCGACAGUAUCAGUUAUUACAACGACUUCAAGGCCACAAGCAGAAGUAACAACAUCACCAAUGGCAUCAACAAUUGCUUUCAUAUCAUCCGAACAAAGUGGCAUUCUGACAAGCUCUAAAUUUAGUCAUAGUUGUAGUGAUAGUUGUGGUAACAUCAUGAGCAUUAGUAAUGCACAUAGACUUUCAUCGGCGAAAACAAAUACUUCUAGUAGCGUUAUUGGUAAUUGCAUGAGUACCAUUUUUGAUGAAUACCUUAAGCGGAAUGUCGACAGCUAUCAUAGUUUUAUAUCAUCAACGACGCCAACAGCGAUUGCAACGGUAGAAGGCACUGCAACUGUAAUUGCAACCGCGGCUGCAACUGCUACAAAUAGAACAACCACAACCAUCACAUCAUUAUUGUCAUUAGCGAGCCUCAUUCCUGCGACGAAUACUGUAGUAACAACUGCAUGUGCCUCAUUAGGGUCAUCAACUUUUACAUCAGAAAAAAAAUUAGCAUCGUCUACGAGUAUAGUAUUGUCAUCCACUGAAAGUUUAAGCCCCACAUGUGUCUUACUGAAAUCAGCCAAAACAACAGAAAUCAUGAAAGAAGCAGAAGACCAUGAGAGACCCUUAGCAAUAACAACAAGCAUAUCCACAUCAAAUUAUUUUGGAAAUGAUUCUUUUAGUUCAAUCACAGCCCCGACAACAAUAAGUAGCAGUAAUAGUAAAGGUAAUAAUAACAGUAAUAAUAGUAGUGGCCAAUUGCUCACAACAAGUAUUGAACCAGCAAAAAAAGUCUCAAUCUCAGCCACAACAUCAACUAAAACGGCUUUCACCACUACACCAACAUCAUAUUCGGAUUAUUUGACACAAUACCAAUUACCAGUAGCAACAGUUGCAACAAAACCAUUGUCAGGUAUUGCCUACGACGAUUAUAGCAUAAAUAAUAAUACUGAUAUUGACAAUGACAUCAAAAGAGAAUUGCCUGCAUAUAUAACCGAUUUUCUAAACUGUGAUAGAACAAAGUCGAAUAUAGGUGACACCGAAUAUGAUACAUCGUUAUUCAGUUAUAAUUAUAACAAUUUCAAUUUAUAUACGACAUCCACCACAGAUAUAACACCCAUAAACAUAAAGUCGACAACUGAAGACAGCUCAGCAGCAAGCACGCCCCCCACGCUGGUUACAGCAACAGAAAAAGUCCCAACGACUAUCAGCUCAACCGUUGGAGUUGAAAAAUUAAGCGACGCCUUGCCAGGAGCAACAGCAGGCUUUGCAAUCAAUAGUGAUGUAUUUUCCAUUCCCUACACCUUAGAGAGCACAAUAUUUGCUGGUGAUAAAAAAUGUGUUGAUAUGACUUCGACAACGUCCAUGGAACCAUCAGUAACAACACUGUCACUCGCCUCUGCAUUUGAUGACAAUUUUUACGAUAGUUACAACGUAGACUGGACUGAUCUGACUGUACCUGUUGCUGAGGAAAGUGUAGCAGCUACGUCGCCAGUUACAGCAGACAGUUCGUCUUAUCAACACAAUGAUAAUGCCGUGAUAACAUCAGCAUUGCUCAGUACUUCAAUCGAAACAGCAACAUCGGCUAUAUCAACAGUAGCAACACCAGGUAGCAUUGGUACCGGUGGUGGCCGUAUACAAGAUGGUUAUUUUCGCCCAACGUUGUCAAUAACAAAUACAGAUAUAUUUAUGAAAAAUUCAAUGACGACGAAAAUAACAUCAACAGCAACAGAAAUAGCGACAACAACGUCUGCUUCAUUUGGUGUUACCGGCAAAGCCACAAGUGUGUUUGAUGGCAUUUCCAAAGGCCUAAAAGGCGGUCUGGAUGGUGUGCUUAGCGGUGUUGUAGCCACAACCGAUAUUAAUGCCAAAAAACAAUCACAACAACCACCAAAGAAGAGUGGCUUUGGAUUCGGGAUUGCUUCAAAGUUUGUGCCGAGCGUCGGUGGUUUACUUGCCGGUGCUACGGCUGCGGUCCAACAGACUGGAGUUGCAAAGGCAGGAAAAAGCACAGAUACUGUAAACUUAGCAGCAACAUUAACGGUGGCAACAAAGUUUGUAGACACAGGGGGUAUAUUAUCUACUGCAAAAACUCCAACAGAAACCCCCCUUGCUAAAUUGUAUACUGGAAAUGAGGUACUCGAAGACUGUAGCAGUAGCAAAAAUAGUUAUGACUUCUCUACUGGCAGUGCUAAUUUGAAUAAAUUUAGUGAUCCUUCGUGUACGAAUAACACCGUUCAAUUAGAAACCACUUCGUACGAUGUGAGCGGUAAUGCCAUGUACGGUCAACAAUCUCACGAUAUGAUGCCGAAUACAAUGCACAUGAUGGGUGACAGCAGCGUCGGCAGUGGUGACGACACCAUCUACCUGCAGCAUCAGCAACCGCAGUUAUCCGCUAAAGAGGUGGCAAGUGAUAGAAUAGAAGUUCAAUUUAAGCACCACACAUAUGACGAUGGCUAUGAAGCUGGCGAUGUGGCGAACAAAAAUGCAGCCGUGGAUGAUGAGUAUGGCUACCCUGAGUAUAAUGAGUACGCGGCAAAGCUAGUAGCUGGUGAUGAUAUUUAUAAUGUCAUUUAUGCUGAGCAAAUAGCCAAUGAAAUACACAUUGUUGGGGCCGAUGGCAGUGUGGUAAGCACGACAGCUUUAUUUAACGAUAACACGAUGACAACAUAUUACCAUCCGCCACAACAAAUUAACAAUGAGCAUGGGCGUGAGCAGCAGCAAGGCACAAAAUUUCCGAGCUCUACAUCCUCAGCGAAGAAGGCCACAUCAUCACUGUUGCCGUCACUGACGAAUUUCGCUGCACAUAUACAGACCCAACCCCAACCUAAAAGUGGCUUUAGUAAUAAUGAAAUGGCCCAGUUGUCACCACCAACAACAGCUACGGCUGCUAAGCCUGCUGGUGGUGGUGGAGGUGCAGCCGGUGGCAUGUUUGGUUCGUUCCUGGGCAAAGCAGCUGCAGCGGUACAAUCGGCUACCCAAGUUGUCAAUCAAGCUACUACGGUCGUGCAACAAAAGGCGGCUACAUCUUCAAGAGUAAUAACAGUGACAACAUCUACAGGCAUAUUGCCAACGACAGCAACGGUCGUGGCUGCGGUCACAGAGGGUUAUACGCUCAUGCACAAUAACGAUUACAAUAUGCACCAGCUACGAGAACAACAAAAAUUGCUAUCGCACCAAAACUCAUUGUCAAGCCAAUACUCCAAUACCACAGCAAAUGGCGAUGAUUAUGAAAAUAGAAAUUUGUAUCAUUACAAUGAUAAUGCAGUUACUAUUGACACGGUAACAACAACUGCGGUAGAUACUGUAUCACAACAGUAUGCCAAUUACUAUUUAAAUGGUAAUCAAAGCCAACCGCAAGAACAUCAAAGUGGUAAAUUGUUGCCGGCGGUGCCACCAGCUGGAUCCACCGGUAAAAAGCUGCCCACCAUCAAUACCAGUAAGUCAGGCUUUUUGAUAAAACAGCAGCCAACCGAAAUCUACGACGACGAUCUAAUUGCUGACGAUAUGAACCAUGUCAAUGGGCACGCCCUAAUCGAUAUUAGUGAUAAACAUGAUGAAUUGCUCGAUGACGAUGAAAUCGUCAACGAGUUGAAUGAUAAUAAAUUGGAUAUUGUUGAUAACGGUGAAUUGGAUCGGUACAUCGUUGAUGAUCGUAUUGGCGACGAAACGAGUUAUAAACAGCAAAGCUUACGACAAAAACAGCCGAAUUAUGACAUCGAUAGUGAGGAGGCUAAUUACUACAUGGAUCCCCAGCUGCAAACGACACCGUCGGAUACGCAGCAAAAACUUUCGCAACAUCAUCAGCGACGAUUGAUUGCCAAUAGUUAUUAUGAACAUAACAAUGGUGGUUAUGAUUAUCGAGAGGAUUAUUUUAAUGAGGAAGAUGAGUAUAAAUAUUUGGAGAAGGAGCAAGAGCUGCUUUACAAGCAACAGAAAAAGCAAAAAUUACCGAAACAAAAACAACAGCAACACAGUUAUCAGCUUGAUGAUACUAGUGAUAUUUAUUUAGAGGAGAACUACCAAAGCGAAGACAGUGGCAAUUAUCUAGAUGAAAGCUCGAGCGGAAGUGUUGUUGGUGCGGCGGCAAAUGCUAAAACAAAUAAGCAAACACUUGGCCCUGCUAAACAGCAGGAUGUUGUAGAAAAUGCUACAGUAUCGAAUAGUUUACAUACAAUACAUUCCUCAACGGUUGUGAUUGCUGAUAACGCCAGUGGAGUCGGGGCUUCACACCCUCAUCAUAUAAAAAAGCAGGAUAGUAUAAUAAUGGAAGAGGAUGAAGAUGAUAUAAUGAUCACCGAAGUUGGUGUAAGCAAUAAUGCGAUAAGUAAGGUUCAACAGUCGUCGCUUGGUCGAACGCCGAGUCAAGAUUCAAUGAUCGCAAAUGAAGAUGAUAUAAUGUCUGAAUUGCCAUCCUUGUCCGUCACAGUCAAUAGAAACGUGCUCAUGCGUGGUGAAACCGAAGAGGUGGUGAGCGGACAUAUGCACAUGGUACGGAAACCGGAGGUCACAGCAAAACAGCGGUGGCAUUGGGCUUACAACAAAAUCAUAAUGCAAUUAAAUGUAAGUAAUAACAAAUAUUAUAAUAUACCCCUUCUGUUGACUUCAAACAUCUGA